CAAUUUCCUUCUUCUUCUCUCCCCUGCUGUGCCUUCUCGUUUCUCUUUCUUUCUUCCCCCUGCUCUCUCUCCCUUUCACCAUUAGAGGAGCUUCAACGACUGAAGAAGCUUUCACGGCCGAGAAGGACGAAAAUAUAAUAUAUAAUAUAUACGCGCGGUGGUACAUUGACAUCAUCAAACGGUGCAGGUGUGUCCUUCGAUGGAGUCCGAUGAAGACCAGAUAGAUAAGUUCUUUGAGGACAUUGCUGAAUCUUUGAAGACAGAUUCUUGGUCUCGGUUGGAUCAAAUUCCGAAUGACAAAAUCCUGAAGGCGCUGAACGAUUUGAACAACUUCUUCUCUCUGCACCCUGCUGAUGCAGAUCAUCCGGAGAAACGCUCUUCUGUGCACGAGGCCGUACAAGUAUUAUCAAGACUGAACAAAUCGUAUGGCCUAUCAGACAGCCAGAUCGAAAGAGUUGGCCAUCUGGUGGAAAACUGGAGUCCUAUCAUCGAUCAAGCAGUGGCAGCUAACAGGGCCAAACAAGAUGCACUGGAGAGGCUUUCACCAUAUCAUCGUAUCGCUUCUUCUCUCCGGGAUCUGACGUUGAGUGAUAAGGACCUCAAAGAAGAAUAUAAUAAGCUGGAAUGUGACUCUGAUGAGCUGCAGCGCCAAAUCCAAGAACUGAGGGAUCGUUCGGAAGCCGUGAAGCGUAGGAAAGACGAGGUCAAGAAAGAAAGAGGGAGAAUCCAUGCUGAGGCUACCCCACUGAAAGAUCAGUACGAACAACUCAAGCUCGAUGCACCGAAACUCAAAGGGAAACUCGAUGAGGCAACAGAGUCACUUGACAGAGCACAGCGAGAAUGGGUUGCUCUGAAGAACACACUGCAUGAAGUUUCUGCUUUCAUGUCUACAUAACCGAAUUUCUUUUCUUAAUACCUAUUCAUUUUGCCUUUUUCCAUUUGAUGUUUUUUGGCUUGAUUAGAUUGGAGGUAAAGGAGCAAAAAUUGUACUUCCCCGAAAACCAUCCGUCCUUUUUUUCUUUUUUCUUUUUUCUUUUUUUAAAUUCCGGUUACAAUAGUGAUGCUAAUGAGUCUCGUAAA